AUGGCGGCCGAUUCCUCUCCUCCGACUCCGGAUUUUCCCGCCGAAUCUACGCAGACGAAUCAGAAACCGCAACCGCAGAAUUCGGAGAAGGAAACUCGGAAUGAUGUGACUUACAAGACGAAGAAGAUCAAGUUUCUUGGAAGAACGACGCACAUCAUUCUCCAGAACGAGAACGGACCAUGUCCUCUCAUCGCCAUUUCUAAUGUUCUUCUGUUGAGUAAUGCCAUGAAUUUGAGUCCUGACAUUACUGAAGUAUCUCAAGAGGAACUGAUGAUUCUUGUGGCCGGCACACUGAUUGAGCACACUGAUAGAAAUGAUGAAGAUUAUCUCAAGAAUCAGGAGGAAUUAAUGUCUGAUGCGAUGAAUCUCAUCCCGUGCCUUGCAAAUGGACUUAACGUCGAUAUCAAAUUCACAAGGAUUGAUGAUUUUGAGUCCACACCAGAGAAAGCUAUCUUUGAUGUACUGAAGAUUCCCUUAUACCAUGGCUGGAUUGUUGAUCCCAAGGAUACUGAAACUGCUGCUGCGAUUGGAUGCAAAUCUUAUAACGCUUUGACGACUGAGCUUGUUACCUUGGAGGCACAGACUGCGAAGGCUCGAAGGGGAGACACUGAAGAACAGUUGCAGAUUCUGCAAGCCUUGCGGUUAUCUGAACUGGAAGCGCUUGGUUUUGAUACUCGCAGAGACUCAAGCAGUGGAGGAGAGUCAAUGUCCGGAUUCACAGAUGACUCAUUCGUAUAUUCUGUGGACACUGAAUCUAGCUGUGGUAGCACCCCUGACAGUAAAAUCUCUCAGAAGUCCAGAUGUGAUUGUGAUGUUGGGAAUAAGAUCAAUAAUGGGGAAGAGGUACCCGUUACAAAGAUCAGUGGAGCUCUUGGCCAUGAUCAGCUAUCUGAGAUGACCUCUGGGGAUUGUAGCAAAGUGACUUCCUCUGUGGAGAAGACUAAUCUGGAGUCGACCAAAACUGACAGCAGUCCUGAGAUUCCAUGCGAGCCUGAAGCUGUAACUUUUGUUAACCCAGAUCUUAGUGUCAGAUCCCAGGAUGAUGAGGAUGGUAUAAGCAUAGGUUCUCCAGUUUCUGAAGGCGAGUCACAUCUUGAACAAAGCUCUGCAGAAGUGAAGGAUGCAAGUGGGCUCACGCCAAAACAGGGUGAAGUGAUAAAAAACUUCUUGGAAGAGAAUGCCAGCCAGUUAACUUCUACCGGGAUCUCUUGCUUGAAAGAAGACCUUAAAGAACGUGAACUCUGUGUCUUCUUCCGCAACAAUCACUUCUCUACCAUGCUCAAGUAUAAAGACGGACUCUAUCUUUUGGUAACUGAUCAAGGCUAUCUUACAGAGAAAGAUUUGGUUUGGGAGAAACUUAUAGGGACUAAAGGCGAGUCUGUCUUCAUGACCGGUAGCUUCAAGGUCUUCAAGAGUGACAGCGGCGAAAGUUCAAAAUGGGAUCAACUGAAUGCAGUUAAUGAUACUGCGGAUUUUAUCUUCAGCGUCAACAGUUCAUCAAAAGAAGGCAUGGAGAUUGAUCCUGAUCUUAAGAUGGCGGUGGAGUUACAGCAACAAGAGUUGGCUAAUGACAUUGAUUACGAGGUACUUUAG